ACUGAGAUGCCUUGCUCCGUACCACAUGGCGUGACUGCACGACAAGGAGCAGAGUGAAGUCGUUCCUACCUUUACUACAGCCGGCGGCCUGAUAGAGAAACACACGAGUCAGAACAAUGUCUCAGUUACAGGCGAGGUUCUUCACUGAGAACAAAAGGUAUGUUGUAGAUGAUGUUCCCUUCUCCAUCCCAGCUGGCUCUGAAGUGGAGGACCUCAGCAAUGUUAUCAACAAGCUACUGUUGGCUAAAGAUGCGUCCCACAGUAAAGUGGAGUUCGACUUCCUGGUCAGGGGUCAGUUCCUGCGAUCGUCGCUGUCCUUUCACAUGGAUACAGAAGGCAUAUCAACGGAAGAUGUGGUGGAGAUCGAGUAUGUGGAGCGAAUCACAGCUCCAGAGCCUGAGGAGUGUAUGAUGCAUGAUGACUGGAUCAGCGCCGUAGAUGCAGAUUCUGAAUGGAUCCUGACAGGGUCUUAUGACAAGACGGCCAGGAUCUGGUCCACGGAGGGCAAGGCGGUGAUGACGGUGGCGGGACACACAGAUGUAGUCAAAGAUGUAGCCUGGGUUAAAAGAGACGGUCUGACGUCGGUGCUUCUGACGGCCUCUCUGGACCAAACCGUCCUGAUGUGGGAGUGGAACUCUGAGAGGAACAAGGUGAAAGCCAGACACUGCUGUCGGGGACACACGGGGAGCGUCGACACUGUUGCCACAGACCCCACCGGCUCGAAGUUCUGCAGUGGCUCCUGGGACAAAAUGUUGAAAAUCUGGUCCGCAGUCCCCACAGAUGAGGCAGACGAGGUGGAAGAAACUGCUGACAGACCGAGGAAGAAACAGAAGACUCAACAGCUGGGCCUGACCAGGACUCCCCUGAUGACGUUGUCCGGGCACAAUGAGGCGGUGUCCUCUGUCCUCUGGUGCGACAGUGAGGAAGUCUGCAGUGCAUCCUGGGACCACACCAUCCGUGUGUGGGACGUUGAGACUGGAGGAAUGAAGACAACGCUGACGGGCAGUAAAGUGUUCAACUGCAUUUCCUACUCACCUCUGUGUCGACGCCUGGCCUCAGGCAGCACCGACAGACACAUCAGACUGUGGGACCCUCGCACCAAAGACGGGUCACUGGUGCUGCUGUCUCUAACCUCGCAUACUGGCUGGGUCACCGCCGUCAAGUGGGCGCCUUCACAUGAACACCAGCUGGUCUCCGGUUCCCUUGACAACCUUGUCAAACUGUGGGACACCAGAAGCUGUAAGGCCCCUCUGUAUGACGUGGCGGCCCACGAGGACAAAGUGUUUUGUUUGGACUGGACAGAAAGCGGGCUGAUGUUGAGUGGAGGAGCAGAUAACAAGCUGUACACCUACAGAUACUCAGCCUGUCGGACAGAUGUGGGGGCGUAGGCCAGGAGUUCACAUGGACUGCAGAGCCAUCACCACGGACAUAAGAAUGGACAGACACACAACAUCAGUGACAAUUAGAUGAAGGCAGCAGUGAUUUAGUAUUUUGUACUGUACAAACUUUGCUCGCUUUAUUCUUUUGCUGUCCUGGUUGUUUUAACCCCCUCAGUUUAUACACAUAUUUUCUUACGGGUUGUCUUUGUUUUCCUGUAACCCAAAAAAAACAAAACAAAAACAAAUUAUAAAUUCAUUUUGUCUCCUAAAA